AGUGUUGACACCUGCUUUGCAAAAAGUUACAAAACAUGACAAGUAAAUUAUGUUGAAUUUUCAUUAAAAUGUUUCAGAAAUCUGAACUCACAAAAACAAUUUCCCAUAAUUGCAGGCAUCAUUAAAACAAACAAAGAAAAAAAAUAGAAAACAUUACUUCACUAUACACUAAACAGAUCUCCCUAGUCUUUGCGUAACCAUUACAAAUAAUAUCAUCUUCUCUCUCUUCCCCAAAAUGAAACCCUAGAUCGAAGGAACCGGAGGAGAAUCAGCAGCAGCAGAAGAAGAGAUUACAGACUGAUUGAUUAUCGUUAAUCGUGUCUUCAUCGGGGACAAAUGCUUCUUCCGAUGUUGGAGACUAAUUUUCCCGCCAAAUUCUUCAAAACCCUGGUAAUUAAGAAAGAAAAGCCAUGAAUAAAGAUCUAUACGCUUUCUUUCUUGCUCUAAUUUCAAUCUAUCUCUUUCAUUUACGGCUCUCUGUUGAUGAGAUCAAGGUUAUUCAACCUAAUUCUGAAAAUCAGAACUAUAAUGUAACGACAAAUGAUGGUGAAGAAGCAACAUCUAAGAGGAAUUACAUUGUUAGGUUUUUGGAUUACAAGAAAGCUGAUGAUCAUAAGGUUUACUUAGAAGAGAAUUUGGGAUUGUUGAAAGGAUGGAAAUGGAUCGAGAGGCGGAAUCCUGCAUCUGCAUUUCCUACAGAUUUUGGUCUUGUUUCGAUUGAGCAAUCUUUUUACACGAGUUUGAUUGAGAGAAUUGGUAAAUUAGGGUUUGUAAAGGAUGUGUCGGCUGAUUUGAGCUAUUCUAGGGGUUUAUUGAGUAAGGAUCGAAGGAAACGAGGUUCUUUUGAUAAUGGGAAGAAGCGGCCUGGGAAGAUAUUUACCUCUAUGUCAUUUAGUGAUGGAGAGUAUCAUUCUCCACUUAGUAAUUCUUCGAUUAGUUGGCAACGCAAGCUCAUGAUGGAGAGAUCCCAAGUUACAUCACUAUUUGGUGCGGAGACACUCUGGGACAAAGGGUAUACUGGUGGAAAAGUUAAGAUGGCAAUUUUUGAUACUGGAAUUAGAGCCAAUCACCCUCAUUUUCGUAACAUUAAGGAGCGGACGAACUGGACCAAUGAGGAUACGUUAAAUGACAAUCUUGGACAUGGAACAUUUGUGGCAGGAGUUAUUGCUGGUGAAGAUGAAGAAUGCCUUGGUUUUGCACCUGACACGGAGAUAUAUGCUUUCCGUGUAUUUACUGAUGCCCAGGUAUCUUACACAUCGUGGUUUCUUGACGCGUUCAACUAUGCCAUUGCAACCAAGAUGGAUGUGCUGAAUUUGAGCAUAGGAGGCCCUGAUUACUUGGAUCUUCCUUUUGUUGAGAAGGUUUGGGAGCUGACAGCAAAUAAUGUUAUCAUGGUUUCUGCAAUUGGAAAUGAUGGACCACUGUAUGGUACCCUGAACAACCCUGCAGAUCAAAGUGAUGUUAUUGGUGUUGGUGGCAUUGAUUACAGUGAUCAUAUCGCUUCAUUUUCCUCACGUGGCAUGAGUACUUGGGAGAUCCCUCAUGGUUAUGGUCGUGUAAAACCAGAUAUUGUGGCAUAUGGUCGAGAAAUCAUGGGAUCAAAGAUAAGCACAGGUUGCAAAAGUCUCUCAGGUACCAGUGUGGCAAGUCCUGUGGUUGCAGGUGUGGUGUGUCUUCUUGUUAGUGUCCUGCCUGAAAACACGAGAAAGGAUAUUCUAAAUCCAGCUAGUAUGAAGCAAGCACUGGUCGAGGGGGCUGCCAAGCUUUCUGGUCCCAAUAUGUAUGAGCAGGGUGCAGGGAGACUUGAUCUCUUAGAGUCAUACGAGAUUCUGAAAAGCUACCAACCACGGGCAAGUGUUUUCCCUAAUGUUCUUGAUUACACAGACUGCCCCUACUCCUGGCCAUUCUGUCGUCAGCCCCUCUAUGCAGGUGCAAUGCCUGUUAUCUUUAAUGUCACCAUUCUCAAUGGAAUGGGAGUCAUCGGCUAUGUUGAGUCCCCACCCUCAUGGCACCCUUCAAAUGAUGAGGGAAACCUCCUCAGUAUUCACUUCACCUACUCAGAGGUUAUCUGGCCCUGGACUGGUUAUUUAGCAGUUCAUAUGCAAAUCAAAGAAGAAGGUUCUCAGUUUUCAGGGAUGAUUGAAGGUAAUGUGACAGUUAAAGUAUAUAGUCCAGCACCUAGAGGAGAAAAAGGCCCGAGGAGGAGUAGUACAUGUACUCUUCAACUGAAGAUAAACGUGGUUCCGACUCCCCCGAGAUCAAAACGGAUUCUCUGGGAUCAGUUUCACAAUAUCAAAUACCCACCCGGUUAUAUUCCAAGAGACUCAUUAGAUGUUCGUAAUGACAUCCUAGAUUGGCACGGGGAUCACCUGCAUACAAACUUCCAUAUUAUGUUCAACAUGCUGAGAGAUGCUGGGUACUUCGUCGAAACACUCGGUUCACCUCUCACAUGUUUUGAUGCUUGGCAGUAUGGGACACUGCUCAUGGUGGAUCUUGAGGAUGAGUACUUUGAAGAAGAGAUUGAGAAACUGAAGGAUGACGUUACUAAUACUGGAUUGGGAUUGGCUGUGUUUGCAGAGUGGUAUAAUGUAGAAACAAUGGUGAAGAUGAGAUUUUUUGAUGAUAACACGCGAAGCUGGUGGACACCAGUUACUGGAGGUGCAAAUGUUCCUGCACUAAACGAUCUUUUGGCACCAUUUGGAAUUGCUUUUGGGGAUAAGAUUCUGAAUGGUGAGUUCUCUAUUCAAGGGGAGCAGAGUCGUUAUGCAUCUGGAACGGACAUAGUUAGGUUCCCUCAGGGUGGUUAUUUGCAUAGCUUCCCAUUCCUUGAUAGCUCUGAGAGUGGGGCUGCUUCUGGUAUGAUGAAGGAGGAGUCUUCUAUUCUGGGACUUGCUGAGGUUGGUAGUGGACGUAUUUCGGUGUAUGGUGACUCAAACUGCCUUGACAGUAGCCAUAUGGUCACCAACUGCUAUUGGCUUCUGAAGAAAAUAUUGGAUUUCACUAGUGCCAACAUUAAAGAUCCAGUACUCUUUUCAAAUCCUGUUAGGAGGAAUCAACCUCUUUUGAAGGAUGACAACCAGUUACCAUCUCGCAGAACCGAUGUGAAUUUCUCUACGUAUUCUGGAGUUUUAGGGAAGAAUUUGAUCUGCCAGAGUGAUUCUAGGUUUGAGAUAUGGGGAACUCAUGGUUACAGUUCACAGACGAUUGGAAAGAACCGAAGAUUGCCUGGGUUUCCUGCUGCAGAAUUUGAGAGAAAUUUAAACAUGACAUUGGGAGGUUCCAUAGCGGAGCAAGCAAAUAUUACGAAUAGCAGCAUCUCUUCUUCGUCCAAAUUGGGAAACAAGAGUAGCAAAACAAUAGACCUCUUGGGUCUGCUUAACAGAGAUGAGCUGGACAUGCCCUCGUUAGUUGCAACUCAAUGGCUGAUACCCGUUCUUGUUUCAGUUUCUGGUCUUUUGCUGUUUUUGAGCUUUUGGAGAAUAAGACAGAAGCGCCGGCGAAGGAAGAGGUCAAGUUCUGGUCGUUUGUCAAAUGUAUAGCUUGCCCCAAGGGUAGAGUAUUCUGGGGACUUGUAUUAUUUUUUUUUGGCAAUGUCUCUUGCUGCACUGCCCAGAAGCUGUAUUUUGGGAUUUUUCGCAUGGAUGUUGCCUUGGGAAAAUAAUUACAUAUUCUUAAUCUAGCUUUUUAUAGAAACGUUUUCAUUUUUUUUA